UUUAUGCGUAUUUAUUAAAUAUUUAUUAAUUUAUUAUAUUUUUACGUAAUAACAUUUCUGUUUUGCAUUUUCUUUGCAUUUUUCUCGAUUUGUGUGUUAAAAAAAAAAUUAAAAAUGAGAGGUGUUCUAAUCUGCGUGCCUUUGUACACUGUCGCGGUGCUGUUACUCGGGGCCUCAAUAACAGCUGGUAUUUUUGUAUUUCAUGUAGCCGUGGUACCGCUGAUAUUCAAAUACUCAAAGACAUUUAGACGGCACCUUGUUUUUGCUAACUUUGUCCAAUGGCCAAUAAACGUGGACUUCGACGACUUAAAAGCGAGCGGUGUCGACGGUGGAAGGAAUUUCAACAUCGAAUACAAAUCAAAAGUCGACAAUUGUGAUAUAAAGAUAGGAGUUUGGCAUAUAUUACCAAAAAGUGCCUACGAGAAGCUGAAAGGUAGCUUCGAAGGAAAUGCUGAUAAAGAAGAACUGAACAGGCUGAUGGAUUCGGAAUUGUCUGACUCCAAGUAUCCUGUCAUGCUCUACUGUCACGGUAACUCGAAUUCCCGCGCCACGUCACACAGAGUUCAAAUAUACAAGUUCUUUCAACAAAUGGACUAUCAUACGAUCGCUUUCGACUAUAGAGGUUACGGUGACUCCACAAACGUGACUCCAAGCGAAGACGGUGUAGUGGAGGAUGCUCUGAUCGUUUACGACUGGCUACAGACGACAGUCGAGAAAGCUCCGACAAAACCGCCAAUUUAUAUUUGGGGACAUUCGCUUGGUACAGGCAUUUCUUCACAUCUCCUCGGGAACCUGGACAAGUUAUCGAAGAACAUUCUAGAACGUCCGAAACCUCUGCCGCUACCGAAUGGACUGAUAUUAGAAGCGCCAUUUAAUAAUUUAGCGGACGAAAUACAUUAUCAUCCAUUGGCUAAGCUGGUGUCGUGGCUGCCGUACUUCGAGUCGACGUUCGUGUCGCCGUUCACGGCGUGUCGCGUGCACGCCUUCCGCUCCGACGAGCACCUCGCGCGCGCGCCGCGCCUGCCCGCGCUGCUGCUGCACGCGCGCGACGACCGCAUCGUGCCGCACUGCGUCGGACACAAGCUCUACCGCUCCGUGCUGGAGUCCCGCGCCGCCGGCGGAGCGACCAUCAAGUUACAUUCCUACGACGAAAAGGAGAAUCUGGGACACAAAUGGAUCUGCCUCGCUAAAGAUCUCUCUGAAGUCGUCGGAGAAUUCGUAUCGAAUCAUCGAUGAGAAUUUAGUAAAUUUAGUCAAAACUCACGCUUCAGCGAUCUCACGGGAGGGGAAAGUGCUUUUGCAUAUUGUUUACAUUGAUUGGAAUAAAAUAUUUCAUAGCAAA